CACCUCCUCCUUCUCCUCCUCCUCCUCCUCCUCGCCUCCCUCCCCACGGCCGCCGGCCCCGAGGCAGCCCCCGGCACAUGGGCCGCAGCUCCGGUGGCUUGGAGCUGGCUAUGGCCGUGUCCCCCGGUCGCUGUCCCGACUGCCCGGGGCCGGAGCGGGGCGGUGAUGGGGGAGCGAUUUCCAGUGUCCCCCACCUCGGCAUUGCGGUGGACGAGAGGGACGUGCUGCCAGGGGCUCUGCGGCUCAUGCAGGAGCUGAGACCCGGCUGGGACCCGGCCAGGGUGAAGACCAAGCUCUUCACCGACGGCAUCACCAACAAGCUGGUGGCCUGCUACACGGAGGAGGGCAUGGGGGACGCGGUGCUGGUGCGUGUGUACGGCAGGAGGACAGAGCUGAUCGUGGACAGGGAGACCGAGCUGCGCAACUUCCAGGUGCUGCGCGCCCACGGCUGCGCCCCCGACCUCUACUGCGCCUUCCGCAACGGCCUCUGCUACCAGUUCCUGCCCGGCGUGGCGCUGGGGCCCGACCAUGUGCGCGACCCUCGCCUCUUCAGGCUGGUGGCCCAGGAGAUGGCCAGGGUGCAUGCCAUCCAUGCCAACGGGAGCCUCCCCAAGCCCAUCCUCUGGCAGAAGCUGCACAAGUACUUCACCCUUGUGAAGAUGGAUCUCAGCCCAAAGGUAUCCAACCCCAGCCUCCAGCAGGACAUGCCCAGCCUGGAGAUGCUUGAACAUGAACUGGCCUGGAUGAAGGAAACCCUCUCCCAGCUGGGCUCCCCUGUCGUGCUCUGCCACAACGACCUGCUCUGCAAGAACAUCAUCUACAACCAGGCACGAGAGCGAGUUCACUUCAUAGACUAUGAGUACACAGGCUACAACUACCAGGCCUUUGACAUUGGGAACCACUUCAAUGAGUUUGCAGGUGUGAAGGAGGUGGACUAUGGCCUCUACCCCAGCAAGGAGACCCAGCUGCAGUGGCUGCACUCCUACCUGCAGGCCUACAAACAGCUGACCCAGGGGGACCGAGGUGGCACCGAGGUGUCCAGGGAGGAGCUGGAGGCUCUCUAUGUGCAAGUGAACAAAUUCUCCUUGGCAUCCCAUUUCCUCUGGGCAUGCUGGGGGCUGAUCCAGGACAAAUACUCUACCAUAGACUUUAAUUUCUUAAGAUAUGCAAAGCUAAGGUUUAAACAGUACUUCAAGAUGAAGCCAGUGGUCAUGGCCCUGCAGCCCCCCAAAUAGCAUCUCUGGCCAGUGAGAGCCUGAACUGCUUUGUCCUUGCUGCGGCCACAGCUCUCGCAGCUCCCUCGGCCCCUUCCCCACCCCAGCUGGGGGCUGAGGGCAGAUCUUGAUGGUGGGAAGGGGGAGGAGAGGAGCUCUGACCCAGCCACUGAUUAGAAGAGACCUUGGACAUACCUGAAACUGGACCAUGAGACGCUGAAGAGGACCAUGGCCUCGGGGAGGUCCCUGCCUGUGCCAGGAAGCCUUCACCGUCGCCUUAACGCCGAGCCCUGGCUCACACCCAGUGCCCAGCAGCUCUGUCCUUUGCUGGCACUGCUGCCACUUGGCCUGGCACUCUGUUUGCUCCCUCUCUGCUGUCCCCGAGGGGGAAAACGGGUCCUUCCCAUCUGCUCAGGAGCACCCAGAACUGCCCAGCUGCUUUAGCUGCCCACACUGUGCCCGUUGCCUUCGCUGCCCACUCCCUCCUCUCUUGCUUGGUGCCACUUGGGCUCCCAUGCCCAAUCCAGCACCUUUCCUGGGUUCACCAGUGGUGGUCCUGGACUUGGGGCUGCCUGUGGGCAUGGGACCCUUUUCCAUGAGGGGUGGGUGCUGCUGUGCUCCAGCUUAGAUGGUGCAAAAGGGCAGCGGCAGCCACGAGCCAGGUGGGCUUGGCACCAGCAGGCUUUUGCUGGUGGGGGCUGGGUGCACCCUCCUGCUGUGCCCAGCCUUUCUGCCUCUGCUUUUCCUCCUGGCUGUGGUCUCCCAGACUCCUGUUGGCUCCCUGCUCCCACCGUGGCUUCACUUGGAGCAUCCUGUGCUGCUGGAGCAAGGGGCUCCCACCUCUGCCUUCCUCACCUCCUCCAGGGCCAGGGGGGGUUGGUCCUGUCCCACACAUGGGCAUCCUCCCUCUGCCUCCCUCUUGGCUGUGUCCCAGCGUAGGACCCCUCAGCAAGAGGCUGAAUGGAGCCAAACUGCUUCACCACCAGCACCAGCUGCUCCCCACCCCAGGCUCUGCCAGGGUGAACCAACUGCUGAGACCCAUCCAGCUCAUGCCAGUGGUUGUGCAUCAGGGGGGAGAGUGGAAUCAGCCCCCUCUGCUCCUGCCUUGGCUGCUGGGUGAGAGGACAAGGUGGCUGCCCCCUCUGCAGGGGCACAGGAACCUGUCAGUCCCAGCCAGAACCAGGACUGCUGCUGCCUCUGAUGUUGAUCUUGGUGCAAAAUAAAAGCUGCUGGUAGCUGGAAA